AUCAACCAUGGAAGAGGCACUUCUGGUAGAGAGAGAUGAGAAAUGGAAAGUAACAUGGAGGGCAUUGGCGGAGGAGCUAAAGAAGGUCAGUUACAUAGCUGUUCCCAUGGUGGUCGUGUCCGUGUCACACUACCUUCUUCAGGUUGUUUCUGUGAUGAUGGCAGGCCAUCUCAGCGAGCUCUCACUUUCCGGUGUCGCCAUCGCCAACUCCUUCACCGCCGUCACCGGAUUUAGUCUCGUUUUUGGAAUGGCUGGUGCAUUGGAAACAUUAUGUGGGCAAGCUUAUGGAGCCAAGCAAUACCGAAAGCUCGGAACCUACACUUACUGCUCUGUGGUUGCUCUUACUUUUGUGUGUUUACCAGUAUCUCUCCUCUGGAUAUUUGAGGAGAAAUUACUGGUCUUGUUAGGUCAGGACCCUUCAGUCUCCAAGCAAGCAGGAAGAUACUCUAUUUUUCUCCUUCCGGCACUUUUUGCUUACGCCGUUCUCAAGUCAUUGGUUCGCUACUUACAAACUCAGGGGCUGACAUUUGCAAUGCUCUUGAGCUCAUGCGUCGCUCUUUCUCUCCACAUUCCUCUUUGUUGGUCUCUGGUGUAUAAGUUUGAACUAGGAACUGCUGGAGCAGCAUUGUCACUUGGUUUGUCGUAUUGGUUGUGUGUCAUGAUGCUUGGGAUUUACAUUAAGUGUUCUUCUGUCUGUGAAAAAACUCGAUCCUCGUUCACAAUUGAUGUGUUCUUAAGCAUUCGGGAGUAUAUGCGGUUCGCUGUUCCUUCUGCUAUUAUGGCUUGCCUAGAGUGGUGGUCGUUUGAGCUGGUUAUUUUGCUUUCCGGAACUCUACCAAAUUCAAAACUUGAAUCUUCAGUACUUUCCAUUUGCCUUACAACAACUUCACUGCACUACUUGAUAUCAUAUGGAAUUAGUGCUGCUACAAGCACUCGCAUUUCGAAUGAACUUGGAGCCGGGAAUCCAAAAGCAGCUCAAGCAGCAGUUUAUGCAGGAGUGAUUCUUACAGUUGUAGAGGCUGUCAUUGUGGGCGUCAUUCUCUUCUGCUGUCGUUCGGUUCUCGGAUAUGCUUACAGCAAUGAAAAGGAGGUUGUCGAUUACAUGAAGGAAAUAGCGCCUUUGCUGUCUCUUUCAGUUGUCAUGGAUGGCCUGCUAGCUGUGCUUUCUGGUAUUUCUAGAGGAAGCGGGUGGCAACAUUUAGGAGGUUACGUCAAUCUCGCCGCGUACUAUCUUGUUGGAAUUCCAUUAGCUCUCGUGUUAUGUUUCGUGCUACACUUGAGAGGAAUCGGACUUUGGAUCGGAAUACUAACAGGAUCUGCAGUUCAAGUAUUGCUACUUGCCCUCAUAACAUCCUUCACAAAUUGGCAAAAGCAGGCUAUCGAGACAAGGGAACGGAUAUUUGAGCAGACUAGAGCUGACAAUGGUUCGAGUUAAAAUGAGCAAGAAAUCGUCUAUAAGCAGUUUAGUAUCAACUGUCACAUCUUUCUAGAUUACAUGAAUGAAAUCAUUGUCUGCUUCACAUGGCUUCUUGGGCAAUUUUCCUAAGCUUUGAUUUGUCUUGUGUAAUAGCUUGAUUAAGAAAAACCGUCGUUAAAUCCCUCUCGUUACCUAGCCGAAAAGGCCAGUGUGGCUCUCUCGUUUUGACCUGGGCUCUAGAUGAAGGUCACCUGAAGUAGUUUCUGUAGUAGUGAUGUUUUCUUGUUAAACUCAUAUUUGAAUGAAAAUUUUAGGAUAGGAACAAAUGUUGGAUUUACUGAUCCUGCUAACAAGCUCA